CUCUAUAUUACACCAAUUAGAAAGUACUGAAAGUAAUGAUGUUAUUUACCAAAUGCACAACAAGCAUUCAGAUAAAAUGCAUGAUCUAAAAGAUGUAUGUGGAAUAAAGGAUAUAGUAUUUCCUGUUGAUCGUCAAUUGAUAAAUUGGGAAGAAUAUGGAAUAAGGAUUAACUUUCCUAAGAAAUAUUUGUCAUCAAUGGGAGCUCACCUAGCAGUACAUGUGACUCCACUUGCAGGUGGAAAGUUUGCAUUUCCAGAAAAUACAAUUCUUGUUAGUACAGUGUAUGCUGUAUCUACCUCGAUUCCUAUACCAAUGAGACUCGAGCUGCAGCAUUGCAUUGAUCCAACUAUGACACGUUACCUUAAAUUUGCCACUGCAUCUAUAAAUAGCUGUUCUCCUUAUCAGUUUUCAUUUAAAAAAGAAGGGAAAUUUCAAUCUGACAGUUGGUAUGGGUCUUUCAAUUUUGAUGCAAAUUGUUUUAUAUGUAUUUUGGGAUUAAAAGAAGUGCCUGAAGACGAUAAAGGAAGCAAACAAAAGCAAAAAGGUCAUGCCAUGUGCACUAAUAGACCUGAUGCACAACAAAGUGAAGGAGAGGAGUCUGAAAAGAAAAGAAGAGAUGACAAAUCAACUGAAAAUGGACAAUCACCUUCUACUAAAAAAUCAAUUGGUGUUGAGGAGCGCUCAACUCAAACAACUCAUUUAGAAGAGUUUGUAGCUUUUGUAGGAUUGCUUUUUAAAAAAGAAGAAAAAGAUAAAGAUAUUUUCAGAUUUUUUGCUGUCAAAAAUUUAAAUGCCCUUCUUAAGGUAAGACGUGACAUUAUUUAG